UAUACUUUCACGUCAUGGCAGAGCCGAGGGCUGCGUCUGGGAAAUCACUGUUGUUUUUAUUAAUUUCGGUGACUCUAUUACAUUUGUUUAUUUGACCUUUCACAAAAGUUGAAGAAAGUUUCAACUUACAGGCAGUGCAUAAUAUUCUUUAUCACAGACUUGAUUUUGAAAAGUAUGACCAUGAAUUCCCUGGUGUGGUGUCACGGACAUUCCUUGGACCUGUAUUCCUAUCAACGUGUAUGACAUCCGUAUACAGCAGUGCAAUGGAGCAGACCUGGGUCCAAUAGAUUUUUCACUUUUGGGACUACUCAAUUGUUUCCAUAGUGCCACAGUAGUUCCACAAACUAAAUCAAAGGGAGGUUCGGAGGCAGUUUGGGUCAACAGUUGCGGGAAUGUUCUGUCUCACCUGCGCCUCACAGUUCCUUCUCAUGUUCUACAGCACGAGACCCCUCCCCAAUGUAUUGGCACUGCCAAUAGUCCUGUUGGCGUUCACUGCAUGGAUGGGGCAGAGGUACCGGUCUUUCCUCUGUCUCUCGUCAUCAUUGUGUUUAGAUCAGAACUGUCUCUCUACCUGGGUCUGAUGCUGCUCAUGUCAUUACUGAGUAGAAGGCUAGGGAUCCUUCAACUGCUCUACUAUGCCAUUCCUGCAGGUGCUGUCACUAGCUUUGACUGUCGGCAUUGACUCAUUCUUCUGGAAUAAGCUGAUUUGGCCCGAGGGCCAGGUACUCUGGUACAACACCACCUUGAACAAGAGCUCCAACUGGGGAACCGCCCCCUUUCUGUGGUACUUCUACUCUGCUCUGCCCCGUGCUCUAGGCUGCGCAGUGCUGUUCGUCCCCUUAGGCCUGCUGGACAGACGGACACGCACCCUGCGGCUGCCUACUGUAGGAUUUAUCCUGCUCUACUCUUUCCUGCCCCAUAAGGAGCUACGCUUUAUCCUCUACACCUUCCCUGUGCUGAAUAUAGUGGCCGCACGGGGCUGCUCCUUCAUUCUGAACAACUACCACACAUAUUGGAUGUAUAAACUUGGCUCCUUAAUCGUGGUUGGCCAGUUGGUGACAAAUGCUGCAGGUAUGACAAGCGAGAAGACAUUGGCCCUGGACACCCUGAUAUGAAGACAUACUCCUAUGUUCUGAUGGAGGCCAAUGCCACCCACAUAGCACUACUCAAAGACUGCCACGUGCCUUUGGCCUUCUUCCAAGGUUACAGCAACAUGACAUUGAAUGCCUUUCGGUUUCCUUUUUUCAGUAUAAACCUGGGAGACAAACUGGUGUUGCUAGAAAGAGUACCUUACCCUGAGCAUCCCAGUUGAACUGAGGAAAGUGAUGUAGUUUUUCAGGAUUUAGUAUUUUCUUAUGACCAAAUUGUAAACAACUACAACUAAA